GAAGGUUUAUUCUCAGGGAUCGGCCGGACGGGGUGCACCACUGAGCUGAGGAUAUAGAAAUAUCCUGUCUGAGAACUCAAGAACUUUAGAGUUUGAGAGAUUGAGAGCUUCAUCAAAGCUUCGGUUUGAGAAGAUUGGAGUCUCAAUCAUCUACUCAAUAACUGUGAGAAACUCGUUUUUGGAGGGAAAAUGUCGACAGGGUUGGAGGUUACCGGGUUUUUAUUGGGCGUCGCCUCCUGGCUGGUAACGGGCACCUCGCUGGCUAACGACUACUGGAAGGUUUCUUCGUUUUCUGGAAGCGUGAUCAUCUCCAAUCGUCAGUACGAAAACCUCUGGCACUCGUGCGCUGAGGACAGCAGUGGAAUCGCAGAGUGCCGAGACUUCCAAUCUAUCCUGGGCCUAGAAGGUUAUAUCCAGGCAUGUCGAGCUCUGAUGAUCAUAGCUCUCAUCCUGGGUCUUCUGUCCAUGGUCGUCUCCAUGCUGGGGCUGAAGUGCAUCCGGAUCGGCAGCGCCAACGAUCAGACCAAGUCCAAAAUCGCCACCACGGGCGGCAUCCUCUUCAUCCUGGCAGGUCUCUGUACGAUGAUCGCCGUCUCCUGGUACGCAGCCAGAAUAGUGCAAGACUUUUAUGAGCCCCGAUACGGAGGAAUAAAGUUUGAACUAGGUGCUGGGCUGUACCUGGGUUGGGGCGGAGCCUCUUUGUCGAUUCUGGGAGGAGCUCUGCUCUGCUGUGCCUGUAAAGAUGCAUCUGCUGGAAAAUCCAAAGGAGCGUAUUAUGCAGCCGGCCAAGGCCAGAAGAUCCACAAGCCCAUCUCUGAUGUCGACACGGCCAGAGCUUACGUUUGAUCUUCUGAUCUUCUUCUACCAGACGUUUUUUACUGUUGUUACUCUGUGGUUUUGUUCUGACUCCUUAAACUCUAGGAUUAUUAUUGUAAAAGUUAACCAGAACUAGUCUGGAUCACUUUACCUAUCUCAAAUACUCAAAUAUUCACUCCAUUAUUAAUAUAGUUGUAAUACAUGACCUAGCUAAUGUUAGCUAACCUUAGCUGAAGCUCAGUGCUUACCUGUUUAGCUUCCGUCUUGUAGUCCUUCUAGGUUCUUAGCUAAGUCUCCAUGUACUAACGAAUGCAUUGCCGAUAUUUACUGCUGUUUGACUGCAAAACGAUGCAGAGGAUGUACGAAGAAUGCAUUUUAUCAGUUAGUAUGGAAAAUAUUUUAUAUAUUGAUCCUUUAAGGCUUAUUUUUCUCAUACUUUUGACUAUUAAAUACUUAUAAAUACCCCAUGUAACUUCCAAACAUCUACAUAAUAUCUAGCUGUGCAGUUCUCAGGAUUUGAUAUAGGAUGUUUAAGGGGUUAACCUGUAACCCAUUUUCUACUACUGUUUUAAUACUGGGUUUAAUAUGUGUAAUGGAUUUGCUGAUUGUAUCUGAAUACUGUAUGAAUUACAUGUGAAUUUCAUGUAAUUGAAUCUUGUAAUUUGAUUACUCUGAUUACUUUGUAUACUCUUCUGUUUGAAGUGAGACCAGUUUUUUUUUUUAUUAUAAACAAGUUUUACCUCAGGUUCAAUAAAGCUGUUUUAAAUUGA